CUGUCCCUUCGAGCGGUCAGUCGAGAAUCUGCACUGGCCUGCCCCGCCCCUCGUCCACCGAUUCCCCUACGAGCUGAGAUCUGUUACCUGCUGCUCACUCACUCGAUCCGUGGAACCCUUGUCGGCACCAGUAUAAUUCGGCAAUCGCGGUCCACGAGCGCUCAGUUAGAACUUUGAACUGGUUGAAGCAACUUCAGGGAACGAGCCCCCAGAAAUACCCAAGAAAUGAAAGGAAUGCGCCUCAUACCCAUGAAAAUGAAAGCGAAUUUAGUUGUGCUCUCUGUGGGAGCUCUCUGGACGAUAAUGAUGGUUUUUCUGGUGGAUUCCGCCGAGGGCAGGCGACUGAGUCAGCAGCCCGAGAGUGAGUGCGAUUUUGAUUUCAAGGAGCAGCCGGAGGACUUUUUUGGCUUGCUGGAUUCUCCACAGGUGCCGCCCAAGGAGCCAAAGGAUGACAUCCAUCCACUGAAGGCUGACGGACAAUAUUCGGGGAGACGCCGGAAGCAGGGGCAUAAAUCGCGAGACAAAGCCGCUCCGAGAUUACCCCCUCCAUUUCUGUGGACCGAUGAUUCCGUUGAUGUCCUGCAGCACAGUCACUCACCCACCUUACAUGGCAAAGCAGUCCAGAGAAGGCGAAGAGCUGUUACCGUGAGGAAGGAGCGGACCUGGGACUAUGGGGUCAUACCCUACGAGAUCGAUACCAUCUUCAGUGGAGCCCACAAGGCGCUCUUCAAGCAGGCCAUGCGCCACUGGGAGAACUUCACCUGCAUCAAAUUCGUGGAGCGGGAUGCCAAUUUGCAUGCGAACUAUAUAUACUUUACAGUCAAGAAUUGCGGUUGCUGUUCGUUUCUGGGUAAGAAUGGGAACGGACGCCAGCCCAUCUCCAUUGGACGCAAUUGCGAAAAGUUUGGCAUUAUAAUUCAUGAGCUGGGUCACACAAUCGGUUUUCACCAUGAACAUGCCCGCGGAGACAGAGAUAAGCACAUCGUGAUUAACAAGGCGAAUAUCAUGCGGGGUCAGGAGUACAACUUUGACGUCCUCUCGCCGGAGGAGGUGGACUUGCCCCUACUGCCCUACGAUCUUAACUCCAUUAUGCAUUAUGCCAAGAACUCGUUUUCGAAGAGUCCCUACCUGGACACCAUCACACCGAUAGGAAUUCCACAUGGAACCCAUUUGGAGUUGGGUCAGCGGAGGCGUCUUAGUCGCGGGGAUAUUGUUCAAGCCAAUCUGCUUUACAAGUGCGCCUCCUGUGGGCGAACUUAUCAGCAGAAUUCAGGACACAUAGUGAGUCCACACUUUGUGUACUCCGGCAAUGGAGUGCUCAGCGAGUUCGAGGGUAGCGGUGAUGCUGGAGAAGAUCCCUCCGCGGGAUCUGAGUUCGAUGCCUCGCUGACCAACUGCGAGUGGCGGAUCACGGCCACCAAUGGGGAAAAGGUCAUCUUGCAUCUGCAGCAGCUGCAUCUGAUGAGCUCCGAUGAUUGUACUCAGGAUUACCUGGAGAUUAGGGAUGGCUACUGGCACAAAUCGCCUCUGGUGAGACGAAUCUGCGGAAAUGUCAGCGGCGAGGUCAUCACCACCCAGACAAGUCGCAUGCUCCUCAACUAUGUCAACCGGAAUGCAGCCAAAGGUUAUCGCGGAUUCAAGGCGAGAUUCGAAGUGGUAUGUGGCGGGGAUAUAAAGCUGACCAAGGAUCAGUCCAUAGACUCACCCAACUAUCCGCUGGACUACAUGCCCGACAAAGAGUGCGUGUGGCGCAUUACGGCUCCGGAUAACCACCAGGUGGCCCUGAAGUUCCAGAGCUUUGAGCUGGAAAAACACGAUGGUUGUACCUAUGAUUAUGUGGAGAUACGGGAUGGCAAUCACAGUGAUUCCCGGCUCAUAGGACGCUUCUGCGGAGAUAAACUUCCGCCCAAUAUAAAAACCCGCAGCAACCAGAUGUACAUCCGUUUCGUAUCCGACUCGUCGGUGCAAAAGCUGGGAUUCUCAGCCGCCCUGAUGCUGGACGUGGAUGAGUGCAAGUUCACGGAUCACGGAUGCCAGCACCUGUGCAUCAACACCUUGGGUAGCUAUCAAUGUGGCUGUCGAGCAGGAUACGAGUUGCAGGCGAAUGGAAAGACCUGCGAGGAUGCUUGUGGAGGAGUAGUGGACGCCACCAAAUCCAAUGGCACGCUCUACUCACCAUCGUAUCCGGAUGUGUAUCCCAACUCCAAACAGUGCGUUUGGGAAGUGGUUGCGCCACCGAAUCACGCUGUCUUCCUGAACUUCACCCACUUUGAUUUGGAGGGCACGCGGUUCCACUAUACCAAGUGCAACUAUGAUUAUCUGAUAAUAUACUCCAAAAUGAGGGAUAAUCGCCUGAAGAAGAUAGGCAUUUAUUGCGGUCAUGAACUGCCUCCGGUGGUGAACUCCGAGCAGAGUGUCCUCAGGCUGGAGUUCUACUCCGAUCGCACUGUCCAGAGAAGUGGAUUUGUGGCCAAGUUUGUGAUAGAUGUGGAUGAGUGUUCAAUGAACAAUGGUGGCUGCCAGCACAGAUGCCGGAAUACCUUUGGAUCCUACCAGUGCAGCUGCCGGAAUGGAUACACAUUGGCUGAAAAUGGACACAACUGCACGGAGACGCGUUGCAAGUUCGAGAUCACCACAUCGUAUGGAGUGUUGCAGAGUCCCAACUAUCCGGAGGAUUAUCCGAGAAACAUCUACUGCUACUGGCACUUUCAGACCGUACUGGGCCACCGGAUACAGUUGACAUUCCACGACUUUGAGGUGGAGAGCCACCAGGAGUGCAUCUACGACUAUGUGGCUAUCUAUGAUGGUCGCUCCGAGAACAGCUCCACAUUGGGCAUCUAUUGCGGUGGACGUGAGCCGUAUGCCGUUAUUGCCUCCACCAAUGAGAUGUUCAUGGUACUGGCCACGGAUGCGGGUCUGCAGAGAAAGGGCUUCAAGGCCACCUUUGUUUCCGAGUGUGGUGGCUACUUGAGGGCCACAAAUCAUUCGCAGACCUUCUACUCGCAUCCACGAUACGGUAGUAGGCCGUAUAAGCGUAACAUGUACUGCGACUGGCGCAUUCAGGCGGAUCCUGAAAGCAGUGUCAAGAUCCGCUUCCUGCACUUCGAGAUCGAGUACUCGGAACGAUGCGACUACGAUUACCUGGAGAUCACAGAGGAAGGCUACUCGAUGAACACCAUCCACGGGAGAUUUUGCGGAAAGCACAAGCCUCCCAUUAUAAUCUCCAACUCGGACACCCUCCUGCUGCGAUUCCAAACGGACGAGAGUAAUUCACUGAGGGGCUUCGCCAUCUCUUUCAUGGCUGUGGAUCCACCGGUGGAUUCUGUAGGCGAGGAUUUCGAUGCGGUUACACCCUUUCCGGGCUAUCUGAAGAGCAUGUAUUCCUCAGAAACGGGUAGCGACCAUCUUCUGCCGCCCAGCAGACUCAUUUAGAAAAACAGAUAGGUCCUGCGGAGAAAUUUAGUUUGUUGUUGAAAUUUGUAAAUAGAUUGUGAAUAAAAAUAUUUUGAAAUUACAUAUGUAAA